UCUUGUUUCUGGCCACAGGCAGGAUUCAGCUGCAGUCAGGAUGACAGAGAAAAGGAUGUCAUCGAGUCGGAGGAAUCAGCUCAAGAGCUUGCUGCUGCAGAUCGGUGAGGCGAUGCUGGAGGAGGAGGCACUGGAGGCCGAGAAGGUGAAGAUGACGUACAUGAACGAGAACUGCCCGGCUCUCUCCAUUCCAGAUGGCAUGCAGGACCUCCAGGAACUGUGCCGGAAACUUCACAAGCAGAUUGAUUUGGUGGAUGAGGAGCGAUACGACAUGGAGAUCAAAGUGACUAAGUCUAACAAGGAGAUUGACGACCUGAAGCUGAUGGUUCAGGAUCUGAAGGGCAAGUUUAAGAAGCCUGCCCUGAAGAAGGUGCGGAUGUCGGCUGAUGCCAUGUUGGCCGCUCUGCUGGGCUCCAAACAUAAAGUGUCCAUGGACCUUAGAGCCAACCUGAAGCAGGUCAAGAAGGAGGUGAAAGAGGAGGAGAAGCAAACAGGCGACUGGAGGAAGAACAUCGAAGACAAGGCCGGGAUGGACGGCAGGAAGAAGAUGUUCGAGACAGAGGCUUAAAUAUCAGUGUGUUGUUCUGUUGUCAGAUUUAGAGUCAGCAUCAUUAAUUUAUCUGUGUUAUGUGAGUCCACAUCGGUGGAGAUUUGUAUAAAUGAUAAACAAAAUAAAUCAGUGUUUUUUGUGUGUUUCAUGACAAUGAUUUGAAAAA